AGUAUGGGUAUGCAUGUACAUAGAUAUUUGUGAUGGUCUCCCAAUAAACAGGGACCUGUUGUUCAAGCAUAGAUACGUCUGUAUUAAUAGUAUCCAAUUGUGUUUGUUUUUCUGCACAAUCAAUUGACAUGGCAUCUUCGUCUUCUUGAUCUUUCACUGAUUUGAUUUAGUGAAUGCAUAAGUAGAAUCAGCUAAGCAAUGACGUGGGACAUAAGGUUGUUUAUUUCCGUGCCCACCAUUUCGGUGCCCAGUAGUUCCGUGUCCACCAUUUUUACUUAGCUGUUCAAGUUUUGAACUUCAAAAUGAGUGCAAACUAUUCAGAAUUCAAUUCAGAGGAAGAAUUCCUGGAUAUUUUCAAUAUUUCAUCAGAACACGAAAUACUGUUAAACAAUAGUCAUCAUGCCGUAAAUGAAUUUGGUUUCGUCAAUAUUUUUGACGAAUCGACCAGCGCAACUCUCCAGUUCGUACUUGCAGGCGUACUAUUAACUGCAGUGGCGUUUUUUGGCGUUUUGGGAAACAUUUUGAGCAUCUUUGUUUUGUCGCAGAAAAAAAUACACGCCUCGCUGACUGUGUUAUUGAUCGCCUUGUCCCUGUGCGAUUUGUUUGUUUGUGUUCUACUAAUUAUUGUAAAGGGACUCCCAAUACUAUUAAAGUACUUCCAAAUCGGAUCAAGUUAUUUAAGGUUGAUCUGCGUUCCGAAGAAAAUUAUUUACCCGAUUUUACAAAGUGUUCAACUUGGAUCAACCUAUUUCACUGUGGCGAUCACCGGUGAAAGAUUAUUUGCCGUGAUUUGGCCCCUGGAAUCGAGGUCUUUUUGUACCUACAGGAAUUCGAAGCGCUUAUCCGUUGGGAUCGGAAUAUUUUCAAUUCUCAGCAAUUCCUUAAUGUUUUACACAACAUCUCAACGACAAGAGGUUUUUCAUGAGACAAAUCUUAGCUGUCAGUCGUUACCUCCAACUGACAUUCCAGAAUAUGUCAACCACCUUCGACUUGGAAUUUAUGUGGUAGUCCACUAUUUAUUUCCACUUAUAGCCGUAAUUCUGGCUAAUGUAAUUAUUGUGAGAAAGAUUCACACCAAAAAUGCGAAACGAGAAACUUUGACCCAAAAUCAACUGAAAGAAAUAAAAUUAACAAAUAUGCUUAUUGUUGUGGUCUUAGUUUAUGUAAUUUGUAACAUUUUCAGAGUUAUUAAUAGCUUCACUACAAACAUUUUUAAUGCAACGUACGGCGAGCUUGUAGCUCUAACAGAUUUUCUUGUUUCGUUUAAUUCGGCCGUAAACUACUUAAUUUAUUGUGCAUAUGGUAAAAGCUUUAGAGAUAGUUUUGUCAAAAUAUUUUGCAAAUGUGGGAAAGAUCACUCGCGUCGCAGAUCUGAUUCCAUUUUGAAUGAAACGGUCGUACAGGAAAUGUCUGCAAUAAAAAGCAUUAGAAAAUUUUCAAAAGACGUAAUGACCACUUUCGGGAAAUCACAAAAAUAUAAUAUUCGGGAUUAAUGAGAGCAAAUAAAUGCAACAGUUUGUGCGUGAGGGUUUGGUAUAUACAUAAAUACAUACUCUGUUUAUUGAUUUUUCUAAUACUGUGUUUACCCGAAAUAACAAAUCAGACAAUAACAAUGAGAAUUUUAAAACAUGA